AAAAUUUGGCGCAUGCGUAUUAGAAUAUAAAUAACAAUCGCUGGAAACUGGAAAACAGUGCAGCACUGCUGCGUUUUCAGAAAAGAAGGAAAGUUAAAACAAACAAACAAUUCAUGCAUUUGACAACUAAGAGACUUGAGAAUGACGUAAACAUUGAAUAGGGUAAGGAAACUGGCUGCAUAGGAUCUUGUAUCAACAAACUUGACUGAUUGGUUGAUAGACAGCAAACAUGACGGACAUUGAUAUGGUUCCGGUGAAGGACCCUGGAGGUGGGAAAAAUGAUGGAUUUGAGCAAAAGGCUGCCCAGCAAAGGCGUAUGGUCAGUAAGUGGGACAGAGACACCCUAGAAGAUAAAUACCUCAGGAUGUAUGAAGAAAACCUCAUCUUAAAGAAGCAUGCCAGAAAGCAAGAGGAUAAGAUCAAGAGAAUGGCAACAAAGUUACUCAGGCUUGUAAAUGACAAAAAGAAAAACUCUGAAAUUGAUGUUGGAGUGAAGAAAGGACGGGACAUUGAGAUGGAGGAAAAGAUUGAGGAAUUUCAGGAUCAUAUCAGGGAUUUAGAAAAACAGAACGUUCAGUUAAAGGAAAAGUUGAUGCUAACUAAGCAACAGCUGGCAACUACUGGUAAAAGAUCUACUCCCUACAACCGAGUAGGCUCUAGGAUUGAUACAGGAAUUGCCAAGACGGGUCCUGAUUCCAGGCUAACUAGAAAUAUCAGAGUAGUAGGACCACAGGAGGGCUUCAGGGGGCAUCCUAUUUCUCACAUGCAAAGUCUACCACAACAGAGAGGUAAUCAAGGAUUGAUAGAACACUCAAGAGCUGAACUGAGGCAAAAGGAUGACCAUAUAGCUCAGCUCCAUGAGCAACUCAAUAUGUGUGAAAUGGAGAUAGAGAAUCUUCGUCAACAGAUCAAAAUGAAAGAUUCUGAUUAUGAAGAGGAUCUUUUGAAGAUAAAACAACAGAUCACAGCAGAGCAGAGAGCAACGGUGCAAGAAAAUAUAGAUCUAAUUAAACUACAGAGGGAAGUAAAAGAAAAAUCCACAAAACUUUCAGCUGUGACAGAGAAAUAUGCCAUUCUAGAGGAGAAUCUCCACACUGUGAAGCGUAGUCAUGACAACAUGUUAAUGGAAAUGGAGAACUUAAAUAUGCAACUUAAAGAAGAACAGAAUCGAGUCCUUACUUUACAGAAUGAACUGAAAUUUGGUACAACCAACAACAGGAAGAUUAUUGAGUUACAAGAGCAGAUAUCUUGUAUGGAGAAAGAGAACCAGAUUUUGAAGGAGGCCAAUGAAAAGUUUGUUAGCAGUGCAUUUGACCUUGAGCGAGAGCGAGAAUGGCGACAGAGAGAAAACCAGUUAAAGGUACAGAUUGCACAGCUGGAAGCAACACUGAAGGCAGAUCUCGGGGAGAAAGGAGGAAUUAUUGACAAAUACGCAAUUGAAAAAGAGACCCAUGAACAGCUGCAGGCACAAUUCAGGGAAAUGCAGUUGGAGCAUUAUCAACUUAAAGAGGAGUAUGAUGAUCUUAAGGAAAAGAUGAAGUUCUUCACUAAGGAGAGUGCUAUUGAUUUCUCCGAGAUUGAGGAGGCCUUGGUUUUGGUCAAACAGAAAAAGCAGCAGUCUGUGCCAGACCCAGAUUUCUUGCAAAGAGUGGACAGAGAAAUGUCCAAAGAUGAACAUAGAAAAUUACUGGAGGUACAAGCAGAGUAUGCAGAGUGUAUCCAUGAAUUGGAGAAGACUCGUAACAUGCUGGUGAUACAACACAAGAUCAACAAAGACUACCAGCAGGAGGUUGAUAUCUCCCAGUCCAAGAUUGAUGAGAUUAAGAAGGAGUACGAAACAAAACUGGAUGAGUAUGCUCGUUUGUUGGACAUCAGGGCAGCCAGAAUAAAGAAAUUAGAAGCACAGCUUAGAGAUGUUGCUUAUGGAACAAAACAAUACAAAGUGCCGCCUCCUACUGAUUCGAUUGAGGACACUAUCGAUUUUGAUGAGACUAUUCAUCUUGAAAGAGGACAGAACUUGUUUGAAAUUCAUGUACAAAAGGUCAGCCUGUCUCCUGAAGCCAUUAAGCUUCUGGGGGAUGAGGAGGCUUUGGUAUUCUGUACCUGGGAGUUCUUUGAAUUUGAGAUUCAGUCCACUCCUGUGCUGAAAGGUCCUCGGCCAGAGUAUGACUUUACCUCUCAAUACGUAGUCAAAGUGGAUGACUUCUUUCUUCAUUACCUUCAGAGGGAAAGUUGUACUUUAGAACUUCACCAGUCAUUAGGACAGGACUUUAACACCAUUGGAGCUUGUCAGCUGGUUUUCAAGGACAUAUUUGACAAACCUCAUGGCAGAAUCCAUGGCUCUGCUUCUCUUACAGGGCUGGAUGGGGAAGGAGCUGGGAUGGGUUUUGGUGUAGUUGAAUACUGGAUCAGACUGCGAGUCCCGAUGGAGCAGGCCCUGAGACUUUACAAGGAACGUACAAAGGCUUUAGGGUAUGUGAUGUCCAAUCAGAAGGCAGCCACGGAAGCCCUCCAAGCUCUGGAUGAAAAUGCAGCUAUGAGGCCUAAGGACAACAUCAAUGAACUCCACAUUAAGAUUGUCCAUUGCUCGGGUCUGAAAUCGAGGCGGCCCAAUGUACAGCCCUCCCCAUACUGUGUGUAUCAGUUCUAUGACAACAGAGACCACGACACUACAAUAAUCAGAAAUUCCAAUAAUCCGGAGUUCAAUGACCAUAAAACUUUCCCAGUUCCGAUGACAGCUGACCUGGAUCAGUUCCUGAAAACUACACCAUUGAGAGUCUUCGUGUUUGAUGACGUAGACCCAGAGCAGGCCUCUUACAUUGGUAUUGCAGAUGUCCCUUUGAUUCCACUGGCCCACAAUAAAGCAAUCAAAGGAUUAUUUGAGCUGAAGGCUGCAAAUGGACGCAUUUCUGGAACUAUAGAGUUGGAGCUGAGGUGGCAGUUUACUUACGUACCUCCCAAAGGCAUGCCACUGACUGAACCGCCACCAACACAAGAUGUCAAGCCAGAAGAGCCCACCACAUUAAACGAAACCCUCCCAGUGACCCCUGCCCCCACCAAAACCAGAAUGGCAGCCAAGUUUCCAGGACCCUCAGCCACCUCCACCCCCAUGCCUAAGUCUCAACUUACAGACAGUACAAUGGAGGGAUUCGUUAAGUUCAUGGAUGUAGACACUACACCAAAGACUCCAGCGAAGAAGAAGUUGGAUGUCCAAGAGGAAUCUAUAAUUCAGCCAUCCGAAUCUCUAGUCCAUGAAGCAGUGUCACAGGUGGUGUCCGACAACCUUCCCAGCAUGCUUUCUACUGAGUCCAUGUCAAAUGCUCCCCCUGCUGCAAGUCCAGCAUCUUCAAUGAAGUCCACUCCUAGAGCCCAUUCAGAUGAAGCUGUGCAACAGGAUGAGCAUCCGGUGGAAUUAGAGGAGGAAUCAGACACAUUGAGUGAACAAUCCAGUCCUCAACUGGUUGGGGAGGCGCUAGCUUACCCCUCCCCUCCCCCCGAGUCUGACGAUAUGAAAGAAGAAACUCUGACCCCCAAGGCAGGCACCAAAGCCUCUGACACCAUGUUUGGAGAUGAAGACGAGGAAAUUGAGGAGGAGAUAACUGAGGAAGUGACAGAUCGUGGGGAGACGUUGCCUCUACCCCAGCCAUCUACAGAAACUGAAGAGGAGGAGUCGGAAAAACUCCAGAUGGAAACCGACAGUGAGGGCAUUGUUGUCAUGAAUCCUAAACCCAAACGCCGUGGCAAGGCUGUAAAUAAAGCGGCCAACAGUGUCACAGUUACUAUAUCUCACCUUUCAUUGAAUGAGCAUGCAGCUGUGCUGAACAAUGACAAUGUCCGACAGUUGUUUGUGGCCUACAACUUUUUGGGAAUUGAGCCCCAGGAUCUGGAAACGCCAUUCUCCCUGCCAAAACCUAAGGCUAAUAACCCAAUCACUUACAACUUCACAAAAACUUUCCAGGUGGACAUGCAAAAGAACUAUGAGAGGAGGCAGUACCUGGCUGGCAUGUUGUUACCUGAUGAUCCAGAGCAGGGCAGAAUCCGUUUCACAGUGGUGAGUGAGCCCCCUGAUGAUGACAUGGAUGCGGAGUGUGAAGACAUUGGUGUGGCCUUUGUUAGUGUCAAAGAGAUCCUCAUGACCAAGAAAGAUGUCGAGGAGCAAAAUGUCGAUCUCCAUGAUGUAAAGAAUGAACAAAAUGUGAUAGGCACUCUGAAUGUGACAUUGAAAUGCCUGGCUGCCCUUGAGGCUGUGGAGAAGGAAAUGCAGAUUGAGGGAACUUAUUAAAAACCCCAAAAACAUAAACUGUGAGCAUGGAGGACAGUACCCUGGGGGAUUUCUUUUAAAAAUCAGCAGUAAAACUGUUAACACAGAAUACAUACUGAGUACAAGAGACAAUUGCAGAAGUAUGGAACCACAGAGGGUUAUUGUCUGGAUAGGAAAACUUCAUUCACAUCCAGGUUUUAAAUUCAGCAUAUUCAUAAACACUGCUAUGGACAUACAUGGGUAGUUUAAGUGCUACAAAGUGUGCUGAACAGGGAUUGCUACAUGAUACAUUUAAAUUGCUUUCUGUGCAUCAUGUGAGACCAUUAACAUAUAACACUUUAUUUUAUGCUACUCAUGAUGCAUCUUAGAUAGAAAAUUUAUAAUGUUUACGAAUACGUUUCAUUUACAAUUUCCGUCCACUUUCUAGUUUAAUUUAAGGUUGAUCUGAUCUAGUUUCCAAACAAUUAUUUAUUCCCAGUAAAAUACUAUAUCAAAUUAUAUGGUAAUAUUUUUAUUGUAUGAAAGUUGUGAUGCUUUGUUAUUCAGUAUGUUUGAAUGAAUAUUAUGUUAAUUUAUUAAAACGACUUUAUCGUUUUAAUCGAGUUAAUAAUAGACAUCAAAUAGAAAGACUGUGAUAAAAAUACAUGUGUAGUAAGUUAGCAAAGGAAAAAAAAUGAUAUUUUAGAAUUUUAUGGAUAGAAAUAAAGUGUGGAAAAUUGAAAA